UACAUUUUGUCUUUGAUUUGUAAUUAUUUGUUACUAAUGUCAAGAUCAUGAUAAUUAUUGUUCUUCUUUUAUAAUAAACUUUACUUUUUACAACAUGUUUUGAUACUAUGUUUUUGUCGCUUUUGUAGUUUAUUUAUUGCUUACAAUAUAGUAUUAACACCAUGUAUUUUGUGCCCGUUAGAAAAUUAUCGAAGGUGUUAUUAGUUCGUCGUGUUUCACCAGUACAGGAAUCUCAUAGGACGAACUUUCAAAGAUGGCUUUUCUUAAUCACUGCAGUACUAAUAUGUUUGUACAUUGCGUUUUAUCACAAUACGCAAGUCGUCUUUAUAAGGCGACGGGUACCAGCAAAUUAUUCAAAUAUUGAUAAUCGCAAUAAAGGUCACGUGGUCAAAAAGGAUUCUCCAAAGUUUGAUGAGGAAAACACAGAAGUGGACGAUAUUCUAAAAUAUGUAGAUGAUAAUUUAAUAAAAGAAGGAAAUAUAACUCCUAUUGCGACGGUAACAAUGACUAUUGUCAAAAACACGAAAAUCGAAGUAGAGAAUGAAUCAUAUAAAAAUAAAAGGAAAGGACCAAUGCUGCACAAUGUGAGAGACAAUGGAUUACCAAUUUGUGAAUCAAUCAUAAAACAAAAUGGGAAAGAGAAACAGAGGAAUGUCAAAAAGAGACGAACGAAGGAUAUGUUGUCUGAGAUACAGAUGGGAGGCUAUUACUACCCGAAAGAUUGUCGUUCAAGACAUAAGGUUGCUAUUUUGGUGCCUUAUCGAAACCGGAAAAGAAAUCUAGAAAUAUUUAUGUACCAUAUGCAUCCAUUUUUGAUAAAACAAAAGCUGGAAUAUAGAAUAUUUGUUAUCGAACAGGAUGGUAAUGAGAGAUUCAACAGAGGGAGGCUGUUGAACAUCGGCUUCACGGAGAUGUUGAGGUACAACGACUUUCGCUGCGUGGUGUUGCACGACGUGGAUUUCUUGCCUCUGAGCGACAACAUUCUGUACACAUGUCCAAUAUUUCCACGACACAUGCUCGGCCUUGUUGUUGAAAAAGCUGAUUUAACUUAUAAUCAGUACCAUGUUUUAUUUGGCGGAGUAACGGCUUUAUCUGUGCAGCAUUAUAAGCAAAUAAACGGCUUCUCGAAUCUGUAUUGGGGAUGGGGCGGCGAGGACAACGAUAUGUACUGGAGAAUCCUCUUUGCAAGGAUGCCAAUGAUUAGAUAUCACAGAAGUGUCGCACAUUAUAAAUCAUUACCGCAUGAGGAACAGCCUAAGAAUAAUUUCAGAUAUCAAUUAUUGAAAUUUGCUGUGACGCGGUAUCAGAGGGAUGGUCUUUCAAACCUGGUGUAUAAAGUAAUUUGGAUCAAGCAUCGCCCUCUUUACACGCACAUUCUGGCUGAUGUGAACCCUUUGAGGGAAAACAUUACGAAUUUAUACAGAAAAAUGUUUUUAUAAUUAAAUGUAUAUUUUACAAAAAA